AUGAAAAUGAAACUCGAAGGGUUUAUAUCAUUUUUAUGCGCGAUCCCUUUAAUUUGGGGAACCCCCGUGCAUCAAAAAAACACAUGCGGAUAUGCUAGCUGUCCUCAGACGAAAUCUGAUAGGAUCAAUGUGCACAUUAUUCCUCAUUCCCACAACGACGUUGGCUGGGUUUUAACUGAAAAUCAGUACUUUACCGGAGUUGGUGCGACCAUAAGCGUAGACAACAUCAUCACCAGCGUGGUUCAAGCAUUGAAAAGGAGCCCGAAAAGAAAGUUUACACAAGUAGAGACAGCGUUCUUCUGGCAAUGGUGGCGCAAGCAAUCCGAAAAGUCCAAAAACGAGUACAAAAAUCUAGUCGAAACCGGGCAAAUCGAAAUCGCAAACGGGGGAUUCACGAUGAACGACGAGGCCUGCGUGCAUUACCAAUCCACCAUCGAUCAAUUCACGAGAGGAUUAAGAAUUUUGAAUGACACUUUAGGUCCUUGCGGCGCCCCGAGGGUGGGCUGGCAGAUCGACCCCUUCGGCCACAGCAGGGAGCAGGCUCUAAUCUUCAGGCAGCUGGGCUUCGAUGGGGCCUUCUUCGCUAGGUUAGAUUUCAACGACAGGCUGAAGAGAAUCGAGGAAAAGCGAUUGGAUUUCUUGUGGAAAUCAUCGCCGAAUUUCAAUGACUCCGAGAUUUUCUACGCCAUCCUCAAGAACCACUACGGCUCGCCUACUGGCUUCUGCUUCGACAUCACCUGCAGAGACCAGCCCGUCAACGAUGAUCCAGGCAGUUUCGAUUACAACGCCGAUCAAGUAAGAAGCCUCUUCAUAAAAGUCCUCGAAGACUUCGAGCCUCAUUUAACAACCAACAACAUUCUGAUUCCCAUGGGAGGCGAUUUUAACUAUGAAUCCGCCGAGGAACAGUACCUUAAUAUCGACAGGCUCUUAAAAUUGUUCGCCAACGACGGUAAAUACAACGUAUUCUACUCGACGCCCUCGUGCUACUUGAAAUCCGUGAACAAUGCCUCUCCGAAACUUUCAGUGAAAACCGAUGAUAUCUUGCCCUACGCCGAUAACGAGCACGCUUACUGGUCCGGGUACUUCACCUCGCGCCCGACCAUCAAGCGAUUCGAACGCACCGCUAAUAAGAUCCUUCAGGCCAAUAAACAGCUCAGGUCCGUAUUUAAAAUAUUAUCGUCUAAUACCACGGCCGAUACCGAUCCCCAUUUGGAUACACUGCGCGAUAGCGUAGCUGUGAUGCAGCAUCACGACGCUAUUACCGGCACUGAAUCCCAAGCUGUUACUUACAACUACGUGGAUAUGAUGAACGCUGGUAUACGAUCAGCGGAGGAAAGCAUCGGACUCAUCAUAGGAACGUUGCUGAGUAAAUCGCAAGAAAAAUUCGACCAACUGGCAUUCGCAUCGUGCUUGCUAUCGAACAUAUCCAUUUGCGAGAACUCGUCGAAAGAUAGAUUCCUGGUGGCGGUUUACAACCCCUUAUCGAAGGCCGUGUCCCAUCCGGUGGCGCUUCCAGUUCAAAACGCCAGCUACAGCGUGAUCGGGGACGAUGGCGAGGAGAUUGCCGCAGUCGACGUGCUCGAUGCGAUUUCGGAUUUCGGUUACGUGGACUCGAACGACGGCGAAGUGAGCCCCAAGGAAUUGGUUUUCGCCGCCGAGGAUGUGCCGCCGAUGGGGUUGAAAUUGUAUUACGUUACCAAAAAGGGAGGGAAUAAUCAAACUCAACCACCAGAAGAAUUUGAGGAAAUUGCUGUUGAUGAGGAUCUUGUUUUUGGUACAAAGGACCUCAAUUUCGUGCUGGACGCGAAGACCAACAGGCUGAAAUCGGCGACCAUGAACGGCCUCACCUUGAACAUCACCCAGGACUUCUACUACUAUCCGGCUGCCGUAGGCGUGAUCAAUUUCGUAGCCUCCGGAGCCUACCUAUUCCGGCCUGAAUCCUCAACCAAAAACGCCAAGAACAUCACCGAUGACAACCCCGUACUAGAGAGACAAUACAGAGGAAACUUCGUCGAGGAAGCCCACAUUAGAAUCAACGAUUGGGUCAAACAGAUCAUCAGAGUCUAUAAAGGAUCGGGCAAUAAUUUCAUUGAAUUCGAUUGGUUAGUUGGACCUAUAGAAGUACCGGACUCUUACCUAACGGGCAAAGAGAUAAUCAACCGCUUCACGGUGAGCGGCCUCAACAACUCGGGCGUCUUCUACACGGACUCCAACGGGCGGGAGACGAUGAGGAGGAGGAGGAACGAGCGAGUGGACUACGAGUACGAUCCGACGGUGGAGCCGAUCAGCAGCAACUACUAUCCGGUGACGGCGAGGAUAGCUCUGCGGGACGAGGAGAAGCAGCUGGAGGUGGCGGUUUUCAACGAUCGCUCGCAGGGAGGAUCGAGCCUCCACGACGGCGAGCUGGAGUUGAUGGUGCACAGGAGACUGUUGGUAGAUGAUAAUCGAGGUGUUUCGGAAGCUUUAGAUGAGUACGAAUUCAGGCAGCCGCUAGUUGUUAGAGGGAAACAUUACCUCAUGUUCGGCUCGACGAAAGAGAAGAAUAAUUCCUUUGCUGCUGUACAACGAGACUUCCAAUCUAGAAUGCAUUUAUCGCCUUACACUCUAGUAGCGGAUGCUACAGCGGAUAAUUUGAAAUACGAGACCUUGAAAUCGCUCUUGAAUUUCAAAACGCAGUUUAUAAGCAAAGCUUUGCCAGAUAACGUCAAUAUAUUAACAUUGGAAAGAUGGCGAGACGAAGAAGAUACAUUCUUGUUGAGAUUGGAGCAUUUAUUGGAGAAGGAUGAGGAUGAUAAUCUAUCUAAAGAAGUGACAGUAGAUUUAAAUAGCAUUUUUGGUGAUUAUAAAGUAGAGGAUAUCAAUGAGACUACUCUCGGGGCAAAUGUUUGGAUGGAAGAUUAUUUAAACAGAGAUAAUAAGUUCAAAUGGAACACGCAGGGAAACGAGACAAUUAACAGCGAAAUGGAAAGAAGUGCAAAAGUAAAACCCGAUGGAAAAGUAACACUUUUACCUAUGGAAAUCAGAACUUUCAUCGUUAAAAUAACCAAAACCAAAUAA